GGCCGUGGCGGCAAAGCAUGGACCGAAACCCGUCACCGCCGCCGCCCAGUCGCGAGGAGGACGAGGCCUCGGGGGACUGCAUAGGGGGCACGGUGUACAGCAAGCACUGGCUCUUCGGCGUGCUCAGCGGACUCAUCCAGCUUGUUACCCCUGAAGACACCAAAACCACCUCAGAUGAUGAGGAGCAGCAGAAGGAGCUGGAUGAAGAAGUGGAGAAUGAAAUUUGCCGAGUAUGGGAUAUGUCAAUGGAUGAGGAUGUCGCUCUGUUUCUCCAAGAAUUUAAUGCCCCUGACAUAUUUAUGGGCGUACUGGCCAAAUCCAGGUGUCCUCGGUUAAGAGAAAUAUGUGUGGGAAUUUUAGGUAACAUGGCCUGUUUCCCGGAGAUAUGUGUGUCCAUCAGCAAUAAUAAAAAUCUUGGCCAGGUAUUACUGCACUGUUUGUAUGACUCGGACCCCCCGACCCUGCUGGAAACGAGCAGGUUGUUGCUUACUUGCCUUUCCCAGACGGAAGUGGCCAACAUCUGGGUUGAAAGAAUCCGGGAACAUCCAGCUAUUUUUGAUAGUAUUUGCUUCAUCUUGUCAAGUUCAACAAAUGUUGACUUGCUGGGGAAAGUGGGGGAAGUUGUGGACAAGCUCUUUGAUUUGGAUGAGAAGCUGAUGUUGGAAUGGAUUAGAAAGGGGGCUGUGCAGCCUCCGGACCCACCCCGGGAAGAUUCCGAAGAGCAGCCAGUAUUUAAAAUUGUGCCCUGUGUGCUUGAAGCUGCCAAGCAAGUACGUUCGGAGCAUCCUGAAGGACUCGAUGUUUACAUGCGCAUCUUACAGCUGCUUACCACAGUGGACGAAGGAGUCCAAGCAAUUGUACAGUGCCCCGACACCGGGAAAGACACUUGGAGUUUACUUUUUGACCUGGUCUGCCAUGAAUUCUGCCAGUCUGAUGAUCCUCCCAUCGUCCUCCAGGAGCAGAAAACCGUGUUGGCCUCAAUUUUCUCAGUGCUGUCAGCCAUCUACGCCUCCCAGGCAGAGCAGGAGAGUCUCAAGAGAGAAAAAGAAGAUCUUCCGCUAAUUGACAGCUUGAUUCGUGUUUUACAAAAUAUGGAACAUUGUCAAAAGAAGCCAGAGAACUCAACAGAGUCUGAGACAGAAGAAGCCAAAAAUUCUGAUUCAGUCCAAGAUGAUUUCCACCUAAAAAUCUUAAAGGAUAUCUCGUGUGAAUUUCUGUCUAAUAUUUUACAGGUAUUAACAAAGGAGAUGGUGGCCCAGGGACUGAAAGAAGGCCAGUUCAGCAAAGAGAAGUGUUCCUGUGCAUUUCGACACCUCCUUCCGCUCUAUAGCCCAGUGGUGGAAGACUUUCUCAGAACCCUCCGUGAAGUGGAUAAGACCUUGGCCGGUCACCUGGAGGAAAGCUUUCCAAGUUUGAAGGUUCAAAGCUGAGGGUUAUAGACCGACGUGGAGCUGCUUCUUCCCAAGAAAUAAGCUUUAUGUUCCUCGCUGUUGAAAUGGACCCAGAGGAAAUACCGGAAAAGACGUAUAUCAGACCACGAGUGUCUUGGUAGCUCAUGUCCUUGACCCUCCUCCAGCCUUAUCUGACUUUCGUUUAGCAUUAACCUCUGGAGUGUUCACCACACUCAAAUAUCCCCCUUUAGUUUUCAUCAUCAUCAUGUGGUUUUUGACAUCUGCAGGCUAAAAACAAAAAACAAAAAAAACAAGUUUUUAGAAUAUUUAAGUGGUUAGAUUAUGAGGAUUUUUUUCUUUAUAAUUCUUAAUUUGAUUUUGAUGUGAGAAUUUUGUAUUUGUAUCUACUGCAAGCACAUUCAUUGGAAUGAACAGAAAACUCUUAAUGCAGUAGGGUUUUUUUGUUUUGUUUUGUUGGAUUUGUGGGCCACACUUUGCGGCACUCAGGGGUUACUCCUGGCUCUGCAUUCAGGAAUUACUGUUGGUGGGCUUGGGGGCCAUCCGGCUCAGGGUGCUGGGAAUCGAACCUGGGUUGGCCACAUGCAAGGCACGCACCCUACCCACUGUACCCAUUGCUCUGGUCCCCUAACACAACAGCUUUUAUGUAUCUUAUGCAAUAAGAAGUCUAGAAGUAUUUGAUCCAGAUCUGCUAAGGUGGCUCAGGGACCCUGACUUCUUUUACCUCUACCAUUAAGAUCUUUUUUUUCUGUUUUUUUUUGUUGGUUCUACACCAAAUUGGUUUUUGUUGUUUUGGGGUCAUACUUGGCAAUG